AUGUCUGAAAAUAUACAUCAACGGAGUUCUUCAAUACCACCAUCUUUUUAUAUUCAACAAGAUAAUGAUAAUAAUAACCAUAAUAAUAAUAAUAAACAUCCAACUCCUCCAUCAACUUCAAGUAGCUUAAAUCCAAAGCGACAACGAUUUCAGAAAAAAUCACCACCAGAAUUAUCAAUCAAACCAAUAAAUGAUUCAUCAUCUUCAUUAUUUGCACCUAGUACAUUACCUACUAAAUCAUUAAAUAAUCAACAACAAGAGCGUCAACAACAAUUAUAUAUUAAUGAAUUUGAUGAUAUUUUAAAAUUCCCCAUUGAGUCAUCUCAUGCUUAUUCAUAUGCUCAUUUAUCACCCAAUUCAUUAGCCUUGCGAUUAAAUGUAUUAAAAAGAUCAUUAGAAAUAUUAAAAGAUAGACCAGAAUUAUUUAAAUCUAUAAAUUUAGAAAAUGAAGAGAAUAUAGAAACACAAGAUACAAUUUAUAGAUCAAUUUCAAAUCCAAUUAAUGAUUUGGAAAUGCCAUUACAACCACGACCUAAUUAUUUAUAUUCACAAACUAAUCAUUCUUCAGAUUAUUUAUUAGAUACUUCACCAACUACAAAUAAUUUAAAAAAUAAAAAAUACAAAUUACAAUCAAAUGCAUCAUCAGCUGCUCUUGCUGCUUUAUUUAAACCACAAUUAAAAAGAUCUGAUUCUUUACCAUUGGAUGAACAACAAAAUAUACAAUUGAGUAAAAUACUGGUACCAUCAACUUUAUCUAAAUCGACCACUACUAAAAAUCAAAAUGAUUUUAAAGAUAUUAUAAAUCUAUUAGAAAAUGAUUUAGAUUCAUUAAUGGAUAAUUCCGAAAUAGCAAGUACAUUACAUGAUUUAUCAUUAAAUAAAAAUAAGUCAGAUAGUAAAUGGAGACAAGAUAUAGUUAAACAUAAAUUAUUAUAUGCGUUAGCAAUGCCAUUUAUGGAAACUUCAAUAUUGACCAGUUCUUUAUUAGGUAAUGAUUUAGAUAGUUCAACAAGAAUACGACCUUCAACUGUAUCACUUAACUUAUUAAAUUCACCAAUUACUCCAACUACAUCAUUAUCUAAUCAAAAUAGACCGUUUCAUGCAAUGACUAAAAAUUCAUUACCACAAUCUGUAUUUACAGUAGAUGCGGAUUUCCCCUGGCUGGUUAAAGCAGCUAACGAUUUAGCAUGUUUAAUGUUUGGAGUAUCGAAAAGUACAAUUAAAGCAUUGACAUUGAUGGAUUUAGUUGCUCCUCAAUUUAGAGAAUUUGUAUUGAAAAGAUUAACAAAUAUAAAUUUAAGAAAAGAUAAUAAUAAGAUAAUAUUUGCAGGUGAAAUUAUUGCAAUUGUUAAGGGAGAUUCAAGAAGUGAUCAAACAUUUGCUUCAAUUUUCGCUUCAUUAUAUGGAAAGACUUUAGUUAUUAUGUUUGACCAAAUACCUUGUGAUGCAUUUGAUGUAAGAAUAUCGAGUGAUCAAAACAGCAGUGAAUAUAUCAUAGAGUCAAUUAAUGAGAAUGCGGGUGAUUUGAUAGAUACAUUACCUAAACUACAUAAAUUGAGUGAUCUUUCAGAAUCAUUAAGUAAAGAACUAAAUGAAGAAUCAGAUGAAUCAAUAAAUGAAACAAGAUAUUAUACUAUUCAGUUAUAUGAUAAAAAUAUUCCAUGUGCCAUUACUUCAGAUAUAUUGGACAAUGAUGAAGAUCAAAUCGAAUUAUUACUCAAAAUUCAUUGUAUGCCUUAUAUUGCUGGCAUAUUUGUGAUAAAUUCUAAAUCUUAUCAGAUUUUAUCAUGUAAUAAUGCAAUUGCAAAGAAUUUAUUUGGUAAAUCUAUUGAUCAAUUACAUCAUAAAUCGAUAAAUGAAAUAAUACCCAAUUUUACAAAAAUUCUAAAUGCUGGAUUAGAAGAUAACAUCGAUAGAAUCGAUGUUGUCCCUGGCUUGGUACUUCCUGAACAUUUUUUCAGGAAGUACGAUUCAGUAUUGAAAAAGUUGGAUAAUUUAGAACAAUAUCAAAAUGUGACUGAAGAAUCUAUAUUUUUCAAUUCGUGUGGGAUUCAAGGUCUACACCGAGAUGGUAAAAUCAUAUACGUUGAUGUUCAAUUACGUGCCUCAUCUCAUGAUACAUUAAUUAUAUGGAUAACAUAUUCAAGAAAUAAUAGAGAAAAUAAAUUUUCAAAAGAUUUAGAAGAGUUAUCCAAUUCUUCAACUUCAUCAUUAUCUUUAAAUAAACGACAUACAAAGAAUAAUUCAAGUAAUAAAAUAGAAGAUAAUUUGAAACAUGAACGUACAUCAACUAAUAAUAGUAUCGUACCCUCACAAUCAAAAUUAUUUGAUAAUAAUAAAGAAAAUGAUUUGUUGGAAUUUUCACCAAGAGAAAUCACAAGAGCAUCAAGUACUAGAAGAGUAAAGACAAAUUCAUCAUUUAUGGUCCCAUUAGAAAAAGUAUCUAGUUAUAAUUACGAUAAAGAUUCAAUCAAUACAAGCGGAAUUUUAGAAAAUGAAGAAAAGAUAGGAAAUGAUACAGGUUUUUCUAUAUCUAAUACCUAUCCUGAAGAUGAUAUAUUAAAGUUAGAAAAUGAUUCACUAGAGAAGUUGAAAAACGAGUCCAAAAAAUGGCCAAAAGAAGUUGGUCUCAUACGUCGAAAUAAACAAUUUUCAGAAUUUAAAGUGUUGAAAGAAAUGGGUGAAGGUGCUUAUGGAAAAGUAGUACUUGCUCAACAUAAAGAAGAUCCAUUAUAUAAAAUCAUCAUCAAAUGUAUUGAUAAGGAACGUAUUCUUGUUGAUACUUGGGUUAGAGAUCGAAAAUUAGGUACAAUUCCAUCUGAAAUUCAAAUUAUGGCUUUUUUAAAUAGUGAGCCACAUCCAAACAUAAUGAGAAUAAUUGAUUUUUUCGAAGAUCUGAAAUAUUAUUAUCUUGAGACACCAAUUUUUGGAAAUCCACCAGCUAUUGAUUUAUUUGAUUUUAUUGAAGUUAAAAAAGAUUUAGGAGAAUAUGAAUGUAAGUUUAUAUUUAAACAAAUUGUGUCUGCAAUUUAUCAUUUACAUAAACAAGGAAUAGUUCACAGAGAUAUUAAAGAUGAGAAUAUAAUUGUAGAUGAAAAGGGAAUUAUUAAAUUGAUUGAUUUUGGAUCUGCUGGAUAUGUAAAACAAGGUCCAUUUGAUGUGUUUGUGGGGACAAUAGAUUAUGCAUCACCUGAAGUUUUAAAAGGUGAGAAAUAUCACGGUAAACCACAAGAUAUUUGGGCAUUGGGGAUUUUAUUAUAUACUAUGUUGUAUAAGGAAAAUCCAUUUUAUAAUGUUGAUGAAAUUAUGGAAGGAGAUUUAAGAAUUCCAUAUAUUGUAAGUGAUCAAUCUAUAAAUUUAAUAAAAAGGAUAUUGAAUAGAAAUGUGGAUUGUAGACCUACUAUAGCAGAUAUAGUUGAACAUGAAUGGUUAAAUACAUAA